ACAGAGAAAUGUUUCCCAUGAAACACUCUUGGACCAUGUAUUAGAGCUGAUUAUGAAUGAGAAGCCUCCAAACAGCACCAGCCUGUUUCUGAGUGAAGAUUCUGAGAAGCCACAGCGUGCUGAGGAGGGGCUCCACCGUCUGUGUCGAGUAUUACAGAAGCAGAUGUCAGGAAGUAGGCGAAAGAUGGGCUGCAUCACACGAGACAGCGUCAAGACAUUCCUGCGAAGGAAUGCGUUUGUAAUCUUCACAGUGGCUGCUGUGGCUUUAGGGGUGGUGCUGGGUUUUGCCUUGAGACCUCAUAACCUGUCCAUCAGGGAGGUGAAGUAUUUCUCUUUCCCUGGAGAGCUGCUUAUGAGGAUGCUUCAAAUGCUUGUUCUACCCCUCAUCGUCUCCAGCCUUGUCACAGGAAUUUCCUCUUUGGACAGCAAGGCUUCUGGGAAGAUGGGAAUCCGGGCCAUUGUCUACUACAUGGUGACUACGCUUAUAGCAGUUUUCAUCGGUAUUGUCAUGGUGAUUAUUAUCAGGCCGGGUAAAGGCAGCAGGGAUAGGCCAGUGGCCUCUAGUGGCAGCAUUGAGCCAGUGCAGGCCGCUGAUGCGUUUCUGGACCUGAUAAGAAAUAUGUUUCCACCAAAUUUAGUUGAAGCCUGCUUUAAACAGUACAAAACACUAUACAAGAAAACUGUGCUGACAAAAAAUGUCACCAUCAUGGUCAAUGCGACAGACAGCAUCAACUCUACAGAUCUCAGCCAAGUAUCCAACUUCAGCACAAUCCUGCAGACCAUCCAGGAGACGGUGGAAGAGGUGGUUCCUGUCUCAGGUUCCUCAAAUGGGGUGAAUGCCUUGGGGUUGGUGGUCUUCUCCAUGUGCUUCGGAUUAGUGAUUGGAAACAUGAAACAGCAGGGCCAGGCUCUCCGGGACUUCUUUGACUGCCUGAACGAAGCUAUAAUGCGCUUGGUGGCCAUCAUUAUCUGGUACGCUCCGGUGGGUAUCCUCUUCCUGAUUGCAGGGAAGAUUGUAGAGAUGAAAGACCUUGCUCAGGUGGGCGGACAAUUAGGGAUGUACACGGUAUCUGUCAUUGUCGGGCUACUCAUCCACGGCCUGUUCGUUCUGCCUCUGCUCUUCUUUGUGGUGACCAAGAAGAACCCUUUCACCUUUAUUGCUGGGCUGCUACAGGCUCUGAUCACCGCUCUAGGCACCUCAUCCAGCUCUGCCACCCUGCCCAUCACUUUCCGUUGUCUUGAAGAAAACAACCAUGUGGACAAACGAGUGACACGUUUUGUGCUACCAGUUGGAGCCACAAUCAAUAUGGAUGGCACAGCUCUGUAUGAGGCAGUGGCGGCCAUUUUUAUUGCACAGGUCAAUGACAUGGACCUGAACUUUGGCCAGAUCCUCACCAUCAGUAUUACGGCGACUGCCGCUAGCAUCGGAGCAGCAGGCAUCCCUCAGGCUGGGCUGGUUACUAUGGUGAUAGUAUUGACAUCGGUGGGACUGCCCACAGAGGACAUUACACUGAUCAUCGCAGUGGACUGGUUCCUGGAUCGACUCAGGACCACCACCAAUGUGCUGGGAGAUUCAUUUGGUGCUGGGAUUGUUGAGCAUCUGUCACGACAGGAACUUCAGAACCAAGAUGUAGAAAUCAACAACUCUGUGAUCGAGGAGAAUGAAAAGCCAUAUCAGCUGAUUUGUCAAGAGAACGACUCUCUCAAGCAUCGCAACAGUGAAACCCCCAUGUAAUCAUUCUCAUAUGGUUAAAGGUCACAACCUAAGCACUGUUAUAGAGAACAUUUUCUUCUGAAAAUCAGAACUGGCAGAAAAAAAUGUUGGAAAGAAGACAGCCAUAUAAGUAUGUGGAGAAUGUAACAUGCCAAUCCAACGUUUUAUCCCUCAGUACUUUUAUUUAUUUUGAAAAAAAUUACAUCCCAAGGCAAAGUAGCACCCGAUUAAAGAACACUAUGCUAGUUUUAUGAUGCUAAUUUGAGACUGUUGUUUUAGAGUUGAUGUCAUUAAACCAGCAUGAUUCACAAUGUCUUUCAGACGUUUAAGCUAUAUUACCUCAUAUACACAAACACAAUGCCAAACUCAUAGAUGUAUGUAGAGACAAAGGGGACCUUUUUGAGUUACUUUGUUGUUAUUACUGUUAUCUAACUUAUAAAUGAUGUCAUUUUUGUAGAUGUUUAUAUGGUAUUGUAAUCAAUUAUUUAUAUAAUGUAAUGUUUCUUUAAUGGAUUUAGCAUUUGCUUUCCUCACUGUGACGUGAUAAACUGUGAAGUAAAUAAUUUCCCCCUUAAGAAUGGCUUUUAGUAACAUCAGUUCUUGAUAGCUUAAGCAGGUGAAUGAUGGAUGGUUUAUAAAGAAUUAGAUUUUAGUUUUGUGGUGGAAUGUGGCUGUUAAUCUAUGAUUAUUUAGUGUGUUCUGGUUCUUUAGCCAGUUUGUGUUGAGCUGCGCCGUUUGUUUUAUUUAUAUUUGAAGUCUGUUUGCCUGCUUUAUAAAAAUGCCCAGAUUGUGCUGCCCAUAUUGCAGCUGUGUCUGUGUGAAAUAAUUGAAUCUUUACCACAGUCC